UGCCAAAAUGGCGGCUUCCUUGUGAAUGGUCUGUAAGGGUAAGUUUCAUCAGAACUAAAGAUCUCUAGAAUUCAUCCGUUGCGUAAAACUGUGUACAACACAAUAUGCCACGGAGAAGAAGUGCUGCAGUGGAAAGCCCUGCGUCGAGGAAAAGUCCCCGAGCAGCUGCACAAGCCCAAGCAAAGACUGCAGAGUCCCCAGCCAGCACAAGGGGAUCAAGAAGCCGCAGUGCCUCAAGCUCAAAUAAAGCAGAGAAGAGUAGUCCUGCCCCAAGUACUGCUACUACUGGAAGAGGUUCCCGUAGUCGAAGCCGUGCAGGUAAGGUAGAGGAGAAUGUGGAGGCGAAUGAAGAAGUUGUGGAGGAGAAGACGCCAAGAGGCCGAGCUUCAAGACGAGGAGUGGCAACUAAAGAAGAGGUAGCUUCUCCAAGUCCAAGAGGUAAAGGUAGAUUAACAAGAGGGGGUCUUCAGGAGGAGAAGAAAGCUGCUGCUAAGCCACAGAAAGGUGGUAGAGGAAGGUCAAGGGGCCGAGGGAAGAAGCAGGAAGAGGAGCCAGAAGAGGAGGUGGAGGCUGAGGAGGAAGGACCUGUAGAGGAGGAAGAAACAUCAGCUGUUCAAGAGGAAGAAACCCCAGCAAAAACCACCCCCAGCAGAGGUGGAAGAGGCAGGGGAAAGCAGGCAAAGGAGCAGCCGGCAGAGGAAGCUGAAAAACCAGCUGAGGAGGAGGAGGAAACUUCAACCUCACGUGGACGGAGAAGUCGUGGAGGACAAGGCUCAGAAAAGAAAGUUACUCCCCCGAAAGUCUCUCCUAGAAGUCGCAGAGGGAAAGUGGACACCACCACAGAGGAAGCAAACCCAGAAGCUACAGAAGAACCAGUGGCAGCCAAAGAAGAGCCCAGUCCAAAGGGCAGAAGGAGUCGUGGGAGACAGGAACCUGCUGCUGAAACCGUGAAGUCACCAAAAGGAGGUAGCCGUAGAGCACAGCAGAAAGAGGAAACUGGGGGAGAAGAAGUUGAUGCUUCAGUGGAGGAAGCUAUGGGGAAGACAGAUGUCACAGAAGAUGCUCCAGAAAAAACAGAAAAAUCCCCAGAAAAGUCAGGACCCUCUGAGGUCCAGAAGGUGGACCCUCCAGCUGUAGUGGAAGAGGCAGAAGCAGAGGAGGUUCCUUCAGGUAUUGAGACGCCCCCUGAAGAGGUAACACCAGCAGAACAUGUACCAGAUGCGAACAUAGCUGAGGAAGAGCAGAUGGAAGUAGAUGCAGCUGUGGCAGAUCAAGUCCCUGCUGAACUGGCGGCUCCUGAGAAGGCUGAGGUAGAAAUGAAACCUGAAGUUGCUACUGCGCCUCUCCCCACAGAAAAUAUCGCUCAGUUGAGUCCGCCUGCUGAAGAAAUUGCGGAUGCACCAGUGGAGGAUGCUGCACCACUUCCAUCAGAACAGGUGUCAGAAGCAUCAGUUCCAGUUGCAGUGGAAAUUUCAGCUACAGUUUCCAGUGGUAGCGCUGCACCUGCAGUGGUUGUCGACUCACCUAAUGAGGUUAAACUUAGCCCUAGUAUUCCUGAGCAGACACUGGAAUCCUCCAGUCAACCUGCAGACCUUCCCGGGAUUGUGUCCAUCAGCCCUCCAGUGGACGAAGUGGAAGCUGUGGGACCUUCUUCUGAUGCGGUGCAGGCAGCAUCUUUCAGUCCUCCCCCUGAGAAUGUUCAGGUGACUGCAGCAACUGGAAAUAACAUUACGUUUGUGGACACUGCUUCUCCACCAGUAGUAGUCCCCAUUGACCAGUCUAUUAACCAAGAGAGUGAACCUAUAGUACCAAGCCGCAAACGCAGUUAUGAAGACGAGACAGAAGAGGAUGAUUUAUCAGCAAAAAAAGCGAAAGUGGGCAGCCAACAAGAAGACCAGGACACAUUUGAAGUGGUGGAAACACCAUCAACUCUUGCCAAUGGAAGUCAAGAACCUCAAGAAAAAGCUGGCAGUCAGCAAGUUGAGCCCGAUAUUGUUGAAGUACAGCCAGUAGAGGUGCAGCAGAGAGAUGCAGGUGCAACAAUUGGAGAAGGAGAUUUCAAUGUCAACAUGAGUGUGGAGCCAUCAGCCCCCAGCAGUACUGCUCAAGAAGCACUGGAUGGAUCAGGCGCUACUAAGGAAGAUGAUAUUCUCAAAGAGUAUGUUGUUAUUGAAAUGAGUGAUGUCCCAGAGGCCAAUUCUGGACCAGUACAAGAGGCAACUCCAUCAAAAGCACAACUGUCCACUGUGUCCGGCACAUCAGCAUCUUCCCCACCGUCAACAGAAUCAUCGAGAAAUCAUGUGUCACAAACAUUAUCAUCAUCAGAAAAAGAUCCCCUGUUUAACCGAUUGUAUUUGACCAACCCAACUCUGCAGUCAGACUGUCUUGUCCCUGCGAAGCAAUUCAGUGUUGUAUCCUACAAUAUCUUGGCUGAUUGUUGGCUGAACAGGUUCGCAGACACCUACACACAUGCUAGUCCUAAAGCUAAAGAUCCAUCAUAUCGACAUAGUCGAUUGCUGGAGGAGAUCAAGUAUCUUGAUGCUGACAUCGUGUGCAUGCAAGAGGUUGAUAUUGCAGUGUAUGAGGGCAACUUACUUCCAGCAAUGACAGGCUUGGGUUACGAAGGUACUUUUAAAUCAAGGGCAGCAUCUGAGGGGUUUCAGGAAGGCGAGGCUACAUUUUUCAAGAACAGUAGAUUUACUUUACUGCAGUCAGAGGGAUAUUUUCUCAAGGAUCUAGCAGAAAAGGAAAUUGAAAGUAGUGCAUUGCCAGAUGAUGUGAGAGAAUGCAUCCGCAAAUACAUAAACCUUCCUGAUGUUGUCGUCAUUACAAACCUUCAAUGCAAGCUGUCAAGCAACCCAGUCACUGUCGGGAACAUUCAUGUUAAUUAUGGAGGAUUCAAAAUUCCGAAUGCCCAGUGUAUACAGAUUUCCUGUGCUAUUAAAGAAUUGGUGGGAAAGGCUAGUAAUGGAAACUUCCCUCAUAUCAUUUGUGGUGACUUCAAUUCUGCUCCUGAUACCCCUGGAUACCAGCUGGCACGGGAUGGAUAUCUGUCUGAUGAAAUGAUACAAAAGCUGCAGUCCUCAGAGGACAUGGAGAUGCCCGAUGGAUCGAAAAGUGCUUUGGUGAAUCAUCUGUGGCGUGGAUUUCAGCAUACAUCCAGCACUCUCAAGAGUGCCUACAGCACUGUUCAGGGAGCUGAGCCAAACUGCACAGCUCUGGUUAAUCCAAUUUUUCGCAGAUGCUUGGACUAUAUAUUUUAUAGCUCUAAUUCCCUGGACACAGUGGGAGUGUUGAAGGUAGCCUCUGAGGAGGACAUCACAGCCAAUACUGCACUGCCCAGUGAAAUCUUCCCCUCUGAUCACCUGUCCCUGAAGGCAGUCCUCAGCUUCAAGUGAACCUGGGCCAUAGCUUGAUUUCAGGAUCGGUUAGAAGACAGCGAGGAGAUGGUCAACUACAGCACAGAAGGACGCAAUAUUCAUAGUAGUCCACUGUCUCAGUUCUGUACAGCCAUAAUUCCUUCUCAUUACCAGUCAUUGUUCAGCAUCACUCAAAGUGAACCCAGU